GCGCCCCGUGCUGCCGCGUAGACGCGCGCCUUCAACGCGCUUUCGUUAAACAAAAAAAGAAAAUACAGUUCGAAUUUUAAAAAUCACUGACUUUGACAACUGGAAAAUUGAAAUUAUUAAAAAAAAAGAAGUUUAGUUUUUUCUGUUUCUUUUUGUAGCAGUGUGUUCUAGUUUUGAAUUUAUUUGUUUGAGUUGCAAGUGCGGAUUCUCCACCACCGAGGGUCGUUUUCCCCGGGAGUAUUGCUAUAGCAACGAAUGACGUCAAGUUCACGGGCGGUUGGUGCAUUUUCGUUCGAUAAUGAAUAAUUUUCGUACGCUAUUGCGAUAGCGUUCGUGAGAAUUUUCACCAACUCCCAAGUCAACCAACGAGGUAGUUCAUCAAUCGAGGAGAGGUCAACUGUUCGAAUGACCCCAAUGCGGUUUAGUUAUAAGCGUAUCCACUCAACAGUACCAUAACCAUGAGUUUGAUGGCGAUUGUCAAGUUCGGCUACGCCCUGGUCGUGGUCACCCUCCUACUUAUGAUAUGGGCCUCACUAUCCAGAGCCUUAGAAAUCCACGUAGACACAGGGCAUCCCUCAUGCCUGUUCCAAGCUUUGUGCACAUGUUCAAAGCCUGCGGGUGACCUGGGCAUCGUGACAUGUAACCACGUGCCCCUGCUGAGGGUACCCACAAUCCUGAACAGCAGUAAAGUGUUCACCCUACAGCUCACUGGAAACAACAUAAGAGAGCUGGAACCACAGUUCUUUCAAGCCACAGGCAUAUACAGAUUAGCAAUCAACCAAAAUCCUUUAGAAAUAAUUCACGAAGAAGCUUUCUACGGAUUAGACAAAUCACUAUGGGAAUUAGAACUUCGAGAAGACAAACUGACAGCCGUGCCCAGUCGAUCACUGAGAAACUUGCAAAGAUUGAAGCUGUUGGACUUGUCUGGCAACGAAAUAACAGAUAUAUCGGGAGAUGAUUGGAGGAAUUUGGAAGGAACUCUUCAGACAUUAAUACUGGCUGACAACUCUAUUGCUAAUCUACCACUGGACGCUUUUUCGGGACUUGAAAUGUUGGAGACUCUGGAUUUGCAUGGCAAUCACUUAGCUGUUAUUGAAAGUGGUGUUUUCAGAGAUGGCAUGAGUAGACUUAAUAAGUUGCUAUUAGGCGACAAUCAGCUGACGUUUAUACCGUAUGAAGAGAUAUCGCCGCUGCGCCAGUUGAGAGUGCUGGACCUCUCGAACAACGUGAUUAAACAAGUGCCUCCCCAGCAUGAACUGAACGGCAUCAGACUUUCAUUGGACUACCUAAAGUUAGACAACAACGUGAUCAGAGUGCUGUACCCGAGUUCAUUUAAGUUUUUCAAUAUUUUGAACACUACAACAUUGGACGGAAAUCCCAUUUACAUAAUACGGGAAGACGCCUUCCGUCAUGCCAAAAUCAAAACCCUAUCACUGAGAGACUGCAGCAUCACAGAAUUGUCUCCAGCAUCCUUCGCCGGUCUCGAGAACAGCUUACAGAAUCUCGAUCUAUCGGAGAACAAUCUCACCAUGAUCUCCAAAUUCAUGCUCAACAAACUAGAUUCGCUUAGGUCUUUAAACUUAAAGGAAAAUAAGGUGGACAUCAAUUUGUUAGCAACGAACACUCCAACGGAUUACGCAAUGACGGCCUUCAAUAACUUCCAAUAUAAGCUGUUCUUUUUAGACGUUAGUGGUGCUAAUUCAAUGGAAAUGGGUUUGCAAGAUGUCAGAAGAAUGCGAUCACUCCGUUACCUAUCCGUCGGUAAGUUAAUAAGGAAGAGUAUAAGAUCAGAAGAUUUCCUUGAAUUCGGUGUAGACUUGGAAGAUUUGAAGGUAUAUGGUAGCACUAUAAACAGAAUAGAAUCAAGUGCCUUCCAACACGUCAGGACGAUCAAAACUUUGGACCUAUCUGAGAACAAUAUCGAUUUCAUCGAUCCCUUCGCGUUUGCUGAGUUGCACAGCUUAACGACGCUGAAAAUGAUAAACGGGUUAGCGGAUGAAGUAAGAAUUCUACCGUUCGAGCCUUUGAAAGCUCUAAUAGAACUACAACACUUAGACCUCAGUAACAACAAACUGAAAAAUGUCCCCGAUACCUCCUUCCACUUCUUGUACAAAUUGAAAUCGCUCAAUUUACAAGACAACACUAUCGACCACUUCUCCAAAGGAACUUUGCAGGGUGACAUCCAUGGACAACUCCAAAGCAUCUGUUUAUCACACAACGAAAUGAGACAGAUAGUUCAACAUACAUUCGUUGAACUCAAGGAACUUCAACAAAUCUUGAUUGAGGACAAUCUCAUAGAAACAAUCCAGAGAAGAGCCUUCACCAGUCUCGAUAACUUGAAGGUCAUAAAACUCAGAGGCAACAGAAUAUACGAUAUUUCUGAAGAAGCAUUCCAGAACAUUCCAGCGCUAAAAGAGUUAGACAUAUCCUUCAAUCAGCUGAACACGUUUAAAUUUUCUAUCUUCGACCAAGUUGGCUCAGCAACUGCCUUGAAGGUCAACGUUUCUUACAACACAAUGACAUCUCUCCACGAUUCCAAUUCUCUGAGUUUCUUCACAGGCAAUUUCUACCAACCGAAACCACAAAGCCUUGGCACCGUAUCUGUGAAUAUCAGAGUAUUAGAUUUCUCCCAAAACAAUAUUUCUUACAUAGCACCUUAUUACUUCAGACACGCAGAUUUCACACUGGCAGAGUUAUAUCUAUCUCACAACUUCAUUAGGAACAUCACAAGAGAAGUAUUUGGAUCUCUGGCCGCACUGCAAUAUCUAGAUUUGUCUAACAAUUUAAUUUAUCACUUGGAAUAUGAUUGUUUCGCAAGGGCUAAAGCAUUACAAUUACUGGAUUUCUCUCACAACUACAUCAGCGAGCUACCAGUGGAAGUGUUCCGUGACAUGCAAUCGUUGAUAUCCUUGGAUCUAUCUAACAAUCGCAUUAGGAACCUCGCGGAUAAUUUGAUAGUAUCACCACUUUUAGAAAGAUUGGACCUAUCUAACAAUUAUUUAUCACGAGUCCCAACAAAUUGCUUAUCUCAGGCGGCUGCAGCUAGCCUUGUAGAGCUAGACUUGAGCGGCAAUACUAUUCCUGCAAUAUCUAUGGCGGACUUCGUUCAAAGAUUUAGGAACCCAGAGCAGGGCGAGUUCUGGCCCGAGGAGCCGGACUACAGCGACGAAUAUAUGUACCACACGGCUAGGAGAGAUCACACCAGAGUGUUCCACCAAAAAAAGCAAUAUCCGCAAAAUAUCCUGUACAAGUCUCUAAUGUGGCUGGAUCUAUCGAACAAUCAUCUCGUGCGUAUUGAAGGAGGGACGUUCACGGCUCUCCCGAAACUGAGAUGGUUGGACUUGAGCAAUAACCAACCUUUCAAUGGCGGAGAGAGAGGAUUCACGGUUUUCAAGGGACUAGAAAGGAGGCUCUUCCAUUUAGGGCUCAAGAAUGUUAGCAUGCUCAGUGUGCCUUCAAUGCCUUUGCCAAAAUUGAAGAGUCUUGAUUUAUCAUACAAUAAUCUGCCAUCGAUACCAAUAGAUAUAACGUCGAAUUUAACUCGUUUAAGAAAACUGGAUCUUUCGUACAACGAUCUGUCGACUGUUCCAGUGGCUACUCAGUCGCUCUCUCUACGUUGGUUGUCUUUAUCAGGCAAUCCCAUCACAGCUCUGAUGAACAACAGUCUGUACGGUGUAUCAUCACGAAUGGAAUAUCUUGACGUGACGAAGCUUCGUUUGAGGAUUCUAGAGCAUGGUGUUUUCGGAAAAAUGAGCGGUUUGAGAACGUUAAAAAUUUCCGCAUAUCCAGACGUUAGGGAAUUCAAUAUACCAAGGAUGCUAACGUACAAUGCGGCCUUAGAAAACCUUUUCGUGGAGGUAGACUAUAGCCAAGAAUUCGGCAAAGAAAUGAGCGCUCAGUUGCCGUGCAAACUCAGCAACAUCACCAUAACUGGGAAACCGCUGAGAUAUCUAUCGCCUUAUUUACUAAUUGGUGUUCAUUCGAAAGUGUUAAGGCUGACUAUAUUUAAUACGAGCAUAGAAGAGAUAGGAAGUGAAGUUUUCUGGAAACCGGGCCGAGUGAGAAAUUUAACAUUAGACGUCCGAUCAAACUAUAUAAUGAAAGUUGCCAAUCCUGGACAGAAAGAAUGGCCGGGUGUACCGAAUAAUGUGUUCCUUCACGAUAUAUUUGUCUCUGACAACCCCUUGAUAUGUGACUGCGGCGUUGGAUGGAUUGAAUCUUGGGAUAGAAAAAGAAGACAGUAUCUUUGUCGAAGCCCGCUCGAAUGUGUUGGCACUCGUGAUGACGUCAGAUUUGCGAGAUGUCCCUUGUAUGACAAUCGAACGCUAAACGACGUAUUAGCAAGAGAUCUAGACUGCAGUUGGAGCAAGGGAAUUUUAACGUCACCUAACUUGUACAUAAUUUUGGGAAUGUCACUGUUAACAUACCUCUACAUUUGAGCCUUAUUUUGGAUGCUCGGGGUCUAUGAAGAGUUCUAUAGAAUUCUGUCAAGAGUAUAUCAAUUUUAAGACGACUUUCACAAAUAAAAAAUGCUCAUAUACACAAUUUGUGAAAUAAGUCUGGAAAUUGAAAACAAGUUGGUAAGAGCUUGCUUAGUUAUAUGUAAGAGAUGACGGUGUAAAAAAAGAAUGUGUACAUAGAACCAGUCAAGAAAUCCCAUCGGAUAAUGUUAAGGACGACGGUGACGAGUGAGAUUUAAAUAUAAAUGAAAGAUUAUGUGCGAAGUACCUGCCUAUGUGGCCUAAGACUGCAUCCAGAAAUAUUAUGGUUGAACCAAUUCUUUCAAAUAGUGGUAGUGACGUCAUACGAGUUUUGUUAAAAGCUCAAUAGAAAACAAUGAAGACGCAAAAUAUGACUUGUUCAUAUUAUAAAUUAUACUAGGAAGUGGUCACAUUUACGACGAUAGUUUAGUGGAGCCUACGAAAAUUGUGAUUUACUUUAUUGUGUAUGGUUGAGCGAGAUCUCAUCGGAUUGAAAAUAGAGACGUUACCGUUGAUGUCAUAAAUUAUAUUUUCUACGUUUUUAGUGUUUGUUAUGAAAUAUUGUUUUGAGUGCAUUAGAUUUAAGGUUUCUUUAAGCAAGUAUGUAAACAUGCAACUCAUUUAAAAUAAUUUUAAUGAAUUUUUGGAUAUAAGUUACCAGUAUUUUUCAUUUUGAUGGAUUGUGUCUUUUUAUCAUCAUCACCAAAGUGUGGCAAUUGCAAUGAAUGUGUUUUAGAUGAUGCAUUUACGUCGAUUUAAUAAAUAAGUUCACAUGAAAGCAAUGAUUAAUAAUGUAUAUCGUCUAAGUAGACUGCAUUCGCUCGAAUGAUAUGUGUUCGUCCAUUAUUAAGAUUAACGACGUUAUUUAUAGACGUGUUCGUUUGUUUAUUAGCAAAGUGUAGGGGUAAUUGUAUGACAUCGGUUUCAUUAUCAAAUAGUUUAGUGUUUAAAUUAUUAUUUACUUUCAGAAUCUAACUAAGUGUUCCAGAUUUAUCAUCUCCGUUAUAGUUAGCGGUUGACUCUCAAUCAUAUUCUUCUACAUAAGUAGGUCUAUUUAAAAUUUUGACAUACAAAUCUUUGUACAAACAUGUUUUCCAUACAAAGCUAUAUAUUUUACUUCGGAAUAUAUCUAAAAUUAUAAAGAAAAAUGCUUGAUCCUAUAACUGUAUUUAGACUCUAUUAAUAUUUGAUUGUUUACCUAUUUACAAAUUCUAACUGGUUAUCUCGUUAAAUAAUAAUAUUUUAUUACAUAUAUCUAAGUAUGUGUCAGUAGCUGUUUCUAUCUACAAAGCAUGCUGUAACAUAUACAUAUUGUCAUUGUACCUAUUAAAGAAAAUUAGGAUUUUUAUGACUGACCUAAGUAUUUCAUUGCUGUAUCGCUGGUAUAUUAUAAGAAGUGUUGUCUGUACGGUGUCCAAAGUGGCUUAUUUAUUAAAUUUUGAUUUAUUUAAGCUUUUUUCUUAAGUAGUUUUUAUUUGAUACGUUCUUUUUGGAAUUUAAUUUUUCUGUGCAAAGUUUUUGGCAUAGUCACUGUUACACGCUAGGAGUAGGUUAUGCGGUUGAAAUCUCAGUUGAGCAAAAUGCAUGUUAGUUUUAUGUUUAGAUUGUCUAUCGAGUAAAUUCAAUUGAAUACCUCUUCUCCAGUGGUCCAGUUUGAAUGUUGUAUCAGGCCUAUUCUUAGCUUUUGUUUUCAAUGCCAAUCUCAGAUCAAAGCUUGAUAAAGCAUUUGCUAGUGUGGACAUUUGACGUCUGUUAAAAUUCCUAUUGAUAAUGUGUAGGAAUCUAAAGGGUACACAGCUUGAUCUUAAGUUCUUUAUAUGUUUGCUUAAGAAUGUGAUUAUUUUCUAUUUUUAUUAUUUAAAGGGUAUCAAAGCGUUUCAGGAUUCACUAAUGUAGUCUGCAUUUGAAAUAAAAUUCACAUUUUCACUUUGCUCGGUCGAAACAAGGCAAAACGGCAGUCCUUGUUGUCUGUAAGUUAAACUUUGGUAUUGAAAACAAAGGGACAUCGUUGAAACAAUGAAUAUAUUUUGUGAUAUAUAUAUUUAAUCUCUAAUCCUUCUAUUUUUGAUAAAGCCGACGAAUAGUAAUGCUGAAUUGGUGUUCUAGGCAAGUGGCAUUUUCUUUUUCUUUAGAACGCUAAAACUAAUUUAUGAGUUAAAAAAAAGUUUCAAUUAAUUGACUUAGCAGUCGUAGUUUAUAUGCCAUUCACUAAAUCUAUCAUGAUUUUUUUAAAGAUUUUAUGUAAAAUGCUUUUUUUAUAUUAGCGUUAGCGUUCUAACGAAUCAAAACUAACCAUUUGUCCAGGGUAGCAGGACAGAAUUAAAACUACCAGAUAUUAACCAAACUACAGCUUGCAUAGCUUACUGUAUCGUAAAGUCAAUUGUAAAAUCAUAUGAACAUACAUAUAAUAGCAUUAUUGAAGACCAUUGUAUAAAUUUAAACUACUUAAUUGUUAUUACGAAUUUACCAUAAAGCGAUUAGAUAACAGUUUAUUCAAAUCAUAAGUCUGUAGAGUUCUAGAGAUACGCUUAAAAUUCUCAUGAUAUUUAUGGAUUCAGUUUUGUAUACGGAAAUAAAUUCAAUUACUAAAUUUAUCUGUAUUAACGUUGCGCGAAUUUCAUAGACUUAUUCAUGAUGACGAAAUAUUUUGUUAUCUUUUAGUGUCAACUUUUAUACACGCAUUACUUGUUCAUUAAUUAAUUCUUGAAAUAUUAAAACUCUAUCAGCUUUGUACUUUGUUUACAAAAAGUUACAGUUCAUUAUUAUAUUUCUAUUUUAAGUAUUUAACUGCAAACAACCCCUCGGUUCAGAUUUUAGACAGAAUGAAAACUAUAGUUUGCAAAGAAAUUCUACAAGUUACAAAAUUCUUACUGCAAUAUCUAUUAUUAAUAUAUAAUAUUAAUGAUAAAAAUCAUUUUUUAAUGCUGUUGUUACUAAAAUUUCAUAAAUAAAUUAUAUUUGAUAUUAUCAAGAAAAUUGAUUUAUACCUUUAGGUACUUACUAACCUGUAUUGUAAUUCCUCUGCAAGGUCCCAUGUGAUAGAUAUAGAUGGUGCCAAGGAAAGAUAGCCAUUUUCAUAUAAGAAUAUGAUAAACUAUACCUAACUUAUAAACGGACAUUGGAAGAAGCAUUUUUACUUAAAAAAGGGGUAGUAACGCCUGAAACAAAAAUUACCUCAUCAGUAACAAUUACUGUGAUAGGUACUUAUAAAAAUAAACAACAAAACUAAAUUAGAUACCUGAUGGUUAUAAUAAUAAAUGAUGUAAAAAAAUGAAAUGGUCAAAUCAGACCAAAAAUAAUAUGAGAGCAAUAUUUGUUUUGGGCGAAUAGACAUGAAGUUUUAUCUUACGAGUAAAUUACUAUUACCAAAUUCCCAACAUUUCAGUGAAAUGUUGUCUAAUGAAUUGUUUUUUUUUAUUAAUGUAAUCAUUUUAUCAAAUUUUUAAUAAAAUGUACCAAUAGUUGUUGAAUUUUACUGAUAAAAUCGUGAUAUAUAUUUUACAUUUUAAUAUAGUGGAUGAAUUAAUAAAGGUAGGUGCAGCAUUAAUAAAUAAAUCAAAGGACAAUCAUAGAUCUCUUCCAAAUAAUGCUCCCUACGUAUAAAUAAAUAGAGUAAAUAUAUUUCAAGUGUUGGUAAUAAAUAAUAAAAAAGAGAGUAUAAAUUAAAUGUAUAGUAAAACACUUUCAGUCGGGUUGUAAAAACCGCUAUUGAAAUCAUCGCUACAAAAAAUUAAAGGGUACUUUAGUGCUGUAUCUACCUUUUCAGUUUUCAUCUCAGAUUAAAGAUAAAUUAUAAAAUGUACCAUUUUUUCAUUAUAUUUAAUUACCAUAUAUUAUUUAUUAAUUUAGAUAAAUCUGAUUAUAUAUUUUUAUUGAAUUUAUUUAAUAAAAACUGAAUAUGUAAAUAAAAAGGAUGAAUAAACAUACGAACAAAAUGUGAAAUUAGUUGCUCUGAUGAUGAAAGUAAGAAGUUUGUUUUUCUUAAUGGAAAGUAGGACAGGGGACUGUUUUGUCUUCACUAUUUUAACGAGUCUACUGAAAUAGUGUGAAAAUAAAAUAAAUAGAUAAUAAUCAUUGAAUUAUUAGCGUACCAAUAAAU